AUGCGAGUGUCCACCAGGGGGAGCAGCCACGUCGGUGACGUCGUCGUCCAGCUCAGCCCAGUCAGUUUCCACUACCGUGGGGGCUCUACCGGUAUGCGGCGUCCGUGCACUUUCCGCAGCACCGUCCUGCGCUGCCGGAGAAUCGACGGACACCCGAGAGGACGCCUCGUCGGAACGAGACGGCACCUUUUCACUGCCCAAAUGCGAAGUCCGGUGUCUGGUGAUGAGGACCUGUCUGACACGGACCAGCAGAGUUAUCUGGUGUCUCAGUACGAGGAGGGGCCGAACCUCCAGAGUGGAGGCGGCGCUUCUUACGACGCUCCGCUGCCUCUGCCUCCCAAAUCCUCCUCACCCUCCUCCUCACCCUCCUCCUCACCCUCCUCCUCACCCUCCUCCUCACCCUCCUCCUCGCCCUCCUCCUCGCCCUCCUCCUCGCCCUCCUCCUCGCCCUCCUCCUCGCCCUCCUCCUCGCCCUCCUCCUCGCCCUCCUCCUCGCCCUCCUCCUCGCCCUCCUCCUCGCCCUCCUCCUCGCCCUCCUCCUCGCCCUCCUCCUCGCCCUCCUCCUCGCCCUCCUCCUCGCCCUCCUCCUCGCCCUCCUCCUCGCCCUCCUCCUCGCCCUCCUCCUCGCCCUCCUCCUCGCCCUCCUCCUCGCCCUCCUCCUCGCCCUCCUCCUCGCCCUCCUCCUCGCCCUCCUCCUCGCCCUCCUCCUCGCCCUCCUCCUCGCCCUCCUCCUCGCCCUCCUCCUCGCCCUCCUCCUCGCCCUCCUCCUCGCCCUCCUCCUCGCCCUCCUCCUCGCCCUCCUCCUCGCCCUCCUCCUCGCCCUCCUCCUCGCCCUCCUCCUCGCCCUCCUCCUCGCCCUCCUCCUCGCCCUCCUCCUCGCCCUCCUCCUCGCCCUCCUCCUCGCCCUCCUCCUCGCCCUCCUCCUCGCCCUCCUCCUCGCCCUCCUCCUCGCCCUCCUCCUCGCCCUCCUCCUCGCCCUCCUCCUCGCCCUCCUCCUCGCCCUCCUCCUCGCCCUCCUCCUCGCCCUCCUCCUCGCCCUCCUCCUCGCCCUCCUCCUCGCCCUCCUCCUCGCCCUCCUCCUCGCCCUCCUCCUCGCCCUCCUCCUCGCCCUCCUCCUCGCCCUCCUCCUCGCCCUCCUCCUCGCCCUCCUCCUCGCCCUCCUCCUCGCCCUCCUCCUCGCCCUCCUCCUCGCCCUCCUCCUCGCCCUCCUCCUCGCCCUCCUCCUCGCCCUCCUCCUCGCCCUCCUCCUCGCCCUCCUCCUCGCCCUCCUCCUCGCCCUCCUCCUCGCCCUCCUCCUCGCCCUCCUCCUCGCCCUCCUCCUCGCCCUCCUCCUCGCCCUCCUCCUCGCCCUCCUCCUCGCCCUCCUCCUCGCCCUCCUCCUCGCCCUCCUCCUCGCCCUCCUCCUCGCCCUCCUCCUCGCCCUCCUCCUCGCCCUCCUCCUCGCCCUCCUCCUCGCCCUCCUCCUCGCCCUCCUCCUCGCCCUCCUCCUCGCCCUCCUCCUCGCCCUCCUCCUCGCCCUCCUCCUCGCCCUCCUCCUCGCCCUCCUCCUCGCCCUCCUCCUCGCCCUCCUCCUCGCCCUCCUCCUCGCCCUCCUCCUCGCCCUCCUCCUCGCCCUCCUCCUCGCCCUCCUCCUCGCCCUCCUCCUCGCCCUCCUCCUCGCCCUCCUCCUCGCCCUCCUCCUCGCCCUCCUCCUCGCCCUCCUCCUCGCCCUCCUCCUCGCCCUCCUCCUCGCCCUCCUCCUCGCCCUCCUCCUCGCCCUCCUCCUCGCCCUCCUCCUCGCCCUCCUCCUCGCCCUCCUCCUCGCCCUCCUCCUCGCCCUCCUCCUCGCCCUCCUCCUCGCCCUCCUCCUCGCCCUCCUCCUCGCCCUCCUCCUCGCCCUCCUCCUCGCCCUCCUCCUCGCCCUCCUCCUCGCCCUCCUCCUCGCCCUCCUCCUCGCCCUCCUCCUCGCCCUCCUCCUCGCCCUCCUCCUCGCCCUCCUCCUCGCCCUCCUCCUCGCCCUCCUCCUCGCCCUCCUCCUCGCCCUCCUCCUCGCCCUCCUCCUCGCCCUCCUCCUCGCCCUCCUCCUCGCCCUCCUCCUCGCCCUCCUCCUCGCCCUCCUCCUCGCCCUCCUCCUCGCCCUCCUCCUCGCCCUCCUCCUCGCCCUCCUCCUCGCCCUCCUCCUCGCCCUCCUCCUCGCCCUCCUCCUCGCCCUCCUCCUCGCCCUCCUCCUCGCCCUCCUCCUCGCCCUCCUCCUCGCCCUCCUCCUCGCCCUCCUCCUCGCCCUCCUCCUCGCCCUCCUCCUCGCCCUCCUCCUCGCCCUCCUCCUCGCCCUCCUCCUCGCCCUCCUCCUCGCCCUCCUCCUCGCCCUCCUCCUCGCCCUCCUCCUCGCCCUCCUCCUCGCCCUCCUCCUCGCCCUCCUCCUCGCCCUCCUCCUCGCCCUCCUCCUCGCCCUCCUCCUCGCCCUCCUCCUCGCCCUCCUCCUCGCCCUCCUCCUCGCCCUCCUCCUCGCCCUCCUCCUCGCCCUCCUCCUCGCCCUCCUCCUCGCCCUCCUCCUCGCCCUCCUCCUCGCCCUCCUCCUCGCCCUCCUCCUCGCCCUCCUCCUCGCCCUCCUCCUCGCCCUCCUCCUCGCCCUCCUCCUCGCCCUCCUCCUCGCCCUCCUCCUCGCCCUCCUCCUCGCCCUCCUCCUCGCCCUCCUCCUCGCCCUCCUCCUCGCCCUCCUCCUCGCCCUCCUCCUCGCCCUCCUCCUCGCCCUCCUCCUCGCCCUCCUCCUCGCCCUCCUCCUCGCCCUCCUCCUCGCCCUCCUCCUCGCCCUCCUCCUCGCCCUCCUCCUCGCCCUCCUCCUCGCCCUCCUCCUCGCCCUCCUCCUCGCCCUCCUCCUCGCCCUCCUCCUCGCCCUCCUCCUCGCCCUCCUCCUCGCCCUCCUCCUCGCCCUCCUCCUCGCCCUCCUCCUCGCCCUCCUCCUCGCCCUCCUCCUCGCCCUCCUCCUCGCCCUCCUCCUCGCCCUCCUCCUCGCCCUCCUCCUCGCCCUCCUCCUCGCCCUCCUCCUCGCCCUCCUCCUCGCCCUCCUCCUCGCCCUCCUCCUCGCCCUCCUCCUCGCCCUCCUCCUCGCCCUCCUCCUCGCCCUCCUCCUCGCCCUCCUCCUCGCCCUCCUCCUCGCCCUCCUCCUCGCCCUCCUCCUCGCCCUCCUCCUCGCCCUCCUCCUCGCCCUCCUCCUCGCCCUCCUCCUCGCCCUCCUCCUCGCCCUCCUCCUCGCCCUCCUCCUCGCCCUCCUCCUCGCCCUCCUCCUCGCCCUCCUCCUCGCCCUCCUCCUCGCCCUCCUCCUCGCCCUCCUCCUCGCCCUCCUCCUCGCCCUCCUCCUCGCCCUCCUCCUCGCCCUCCUCCUCGCCCUCCUCCUCGCCCUCCUCCUCGCCCUCCUCCUCGCCCUCCUCCUCGCCCUCCUCCUCGCCCUCCUCCUCGCCCUCCUCCUCGCCCUCCUCCUCGCCCUCCUCCUCGCCCUCCUCCUCGCCCUCCUCCUCGCCCUCCUCCUCGCCCUCCUCCUCGCCCUCCUCCUCGCCCUCCUCCUCGCCCUCCUCCUCGCCCUCCUCCUCGCCCUCCUCCUCGCCCUCCUCCUCGCCCUCCUCCUCGCCCUCCUCCUCGCCCUCCUCCUCGCCCUCCUCCUCGCCCUCCUCCUCAAGCCGGAUCAUACAGUCAGAGCUGCUGAGUGACAAAGGUGGAGAAUUUGACAGUAACGAAGUUAACGACAUACUGCAAGCAGAAGGUGUUACUCGGAGGGUGACAGCACCCUACACACAACAAAGUGGUGGAAGUGAGUGGGAUAUGCUAACUAUAGUUGAAAUGGCAAGAACCUUAAAGUAUUCAAAUAAAGAAGCUAAUUUCCCAGCAGCCAUAUGGGCAGAAUUGGUUGGAGCAUCAGUGUACAUUUUGAAUCGAACUGCAGAAUCAUCUGUGGAAGGAAUUAGUCCAUUUGAGCUGUGGUUUGGCAAAAAGCCAGGAAUAAAAGUUACAUAUAAUAGGCUCUACAUGCUAUGCCCACAUACCAGACAAAGAAGAUUGAAAAUGGAUGAAGCUGUCAAGGGUUAUUUUGUGGGUGACAUAUCAGAUUGCUACAGUGAUCCAGACUUUGGAGGAAGCAACAAAACAGGAUGGUCAAAAUCUGAUGUACUUAUUACACAUGCAGAUGGAGCUAUCUCCUGGCUCAGCAAAAGACAGGCAGCGACUGCAACAUCUACAACAGAAACAGAGCUGGUAGCUGCAACAGAAGCUGUGAAGGAGAUAGUCUGUCAAACUUAA